AUGACCAGCGUGAACGGCGACUCCGCCAUGUCCGUCGACGUCGCCCCUCAAAUCGCGCCUGCAUCGCCAUCGGCCACGAAUAAGCGCAAACGCGAAGACAGUACUCUCGACGAGCGCGAUGAUACAACUGCAUUGCGUAUCAGGCAGAUCCAAAAAGAUUUACUGCCCGUCUUGGAGAGCCACGACACCACUCCCUCCCUCCUCAAACAUGUCCUCCCAACGAAAGAACCCUCCCAGAAGAAGGCGAAAACCGCAUCAACCACGGACGACAGCACAUCGACGAUCGCGAACAGGCUGAACAAUGCUAGCUACCCCUCCCUCGAUCAGAUCAAACUCGACUUCAGUGAUGCCAGCAACGCGAUUGUUACAUCAAUACGAGCAAAAGAAAGAGAUGGAUCACAAUCAGGGAGGGUUUCGGUGGAUGAACUGAAGCAGAUACACAAAGUGCAGGCACUGGAGGCACUGGCGAAAGAUAUCUUGGAUCGGGAAAUGGGCUACUUGCACAGGGACGAGCAGGUCGUAAAGAAGGAGGAGAAUGGUACAUCGGUCCUCAAUGGCGCGGUUGAUCGCAAGACUGGCACGGUGCUUACAUUGUUUGGGAACGCGCCGACUCCAAAACAGCUGUUCUCCUCCAUCCAGACUGCCCAGCCUGAUCGCAAAGAUUCUCCCAUCAAGCUUGAGCUGCCAGUGGAAGAGAUGAGUCUACCUAUUGGGGUCACAGCUACCAAGAUUAUGGCGACGCCAGCAGACCAUGGGAAGAAAGGUCCGACGUUCGGAGACGCCUUUGCACCACCUCACAAUCUUGCUGCGCUUCUCCCUCCAAAAGCCCACAAAAGAUCGACGACUCGCGACAACUCCAUCAACUGGGAAUUCAAAGACCCAGUACAGAGGAACAGCAGGAAAGGCGGAUACACAGUACAAGUUCAGACUACAGGUGCUUGGUUGGGAUAUGGAGGACUGGAUGCAUCAGCGGAUCCAACACGAGAGAAGCGCAAGCAGAGGGAUCGAGCUUUGAGUGGUGGUGGGAGCCUACAAAAGUUCUCGCCUGAUGCUGCACUCGACGACGCACUCGCGAAAGAGGAGGCUGCCCUGUUCCGCAGAGCGUACUCAAGUUUUGCUCCGUCAUAUGACAAUAACGGCGCAAUCGUGCCAACGCGGGUGAAAGACGAUGUGUGGUGGGCAAAGGUCGGCGAGAAGAGGUUCAACGAGACAUUUGCCCUCGAUCCAGCGUUGCUCGACGAUCCACCACGACGAGAGGAGAAAACAGAGGAGACGCCGCUACUGGAAGAGGCAGAGAUGAGCAAAGUCAUGGAGAGCCUCGAUGAUCUCGAGGAGGCAUCGCCGUUACCGCAGCAGGUCAGGUCCAAGACCGAAGUCGACCAAGUGUUGCGCCAAAUCUCCGAGCUGCUGGAGACUUUGGCCUCACACCAACGCAUACGCAACGCAUCCUUGCCCACCUCCGGCGCAACCUCUCGUCCUCCGAUCAGUCCCGCUCCUAUUUCAGCAUCGAAGAUCGGCAAGCCAGACGAGCCAUCCGAGGAAGAGAUCUCUACAUACAACACUCUACGGCAUGAGCUGGCAUAUCUGAUCUUACAGCUGCCACCGUACGCCGUCGCUAAGCUUGAUGGUGAUCGACUGUCAGACCUCGGCGUCAGCAAGCUCAUCACAUUCCAGACGAAAGACACGAAGGGUACUCUCGCUGAAGAUUCAGUCGCUCGCCAAGCAAAACUCUCCGCGCUUGCGACCGCAUCCAGCAUUGCAAACCUUGCACGACCCAAUUCCUCUGCUGGCCAGCAUUACAGCACCACAUCGUCGCGGACACCGGCCAUAGGUCAGGCCGCCAAUACUCGCUACGGACAGCAAUACGCCACCACCAGAACGCCUGCACCUGCACCUCAGUUCUCCCGAUCGACCAGCAACCAGUCCUACGGUACACCCUCCGGUACUGCACAACGGCCAGCAUACGCUCCUUCAACACAGCAGUACGCCCGUACGGGUGCUCCGGCACCAAGCUACAACCAGUCCAACGGGCAACAAUACUACCAACAACGUGCCGCGCAGCAAACUCCCGGCACCUACGGCGCACUGCAACAAUUCCAGCAAGGCGCUCAAGCCCAGCGUCCGGCGUACGCGACCCAACAGACACCUCAGCAGCAGUAUCAACAACGCCCGCCGAACGCCGCGCUCGCAGCCGUAAACUACCAAACAAGCACUCCCCAACAGCAGAGCUACGCACGCACCGUCUCGCCAAUCAAACCAGGCGGGUACGCCUCUCCGGCACCGCAGCCAGCUCAACAGCCGCCAAGACCUACGUACGUCCCUCAACAACAGCAAGCUCCUCAAAACCCCGGCUCCGGUCGCGCGACGCCAGUGAAUUACCCUUCACAACCGCAAACGCCGGUGAAUGGGUUCCAAGCAGGGACAGCGCAGAGGGCUGUUGCGCCGAGGCCGGCGAGUGGGACGCCGCAGCCGAAUUUGCAGCCGCAGCCUCCGCCGGGGGCGAAUGGGAGUUCAUGA